AUCAACCAAAUCCUGAGAGUAAACGUUAUCACGUGUUUGUUAUUGUGACGUAGUAUGUACCUGUCGACGAAGGCAGGUCAUUGGUUUUGUUUACUUGUUUUGCUUUGUUUUUCGUGUUUAUGCUUCUAGCAUGGAAGAGAUGCAAUUGAGACAGACACAACACACACGUUUUGUUGUUGUAAAAAUCAAUAACAGAAUGUGGACUGGUUUUUUUUUUUAAACUGAAACAUUUGUGUUGCCUUAAAUAGCAACACACAGCCUAAAAACUGCCGGUUAUCGAAUGUACUUUACUCUGUGGUCAAGUGAAUGUUAUUUAAAAAUUUUGUAAUAUUCGGAAAACUUAGGAUUGUGAACUGUUAACAAACAAUUGUGGCAAAAAUAAAGAAAACUAAUCUACCUCCACCACACCAUGGCAGACAGCACUAGCGACAUCUAUGUGUCCACCACCGAAAUAUUGGAAAAUCAUGGCAUUUAUCGUCGUUUGCAUGAACUACAAACAUUUUACCGCAAUGAGUAUGGAUCUGAACCAAAAGUAUAUGUUCGUGUCCCGGGAAGAGUAAAUUUAAUUGGUGAACAUGUGGAUUAUUGCGGCUAUCCGGUACUACCCAUGGCUAUUGAUCAAUGUAUACUGCUAGCAGUUGGGUACACCGAAGCCAAUACCCAACUGGAGCUGAGAAACAUGGAAAAGGAGAAAUACGAAGACUUCUCAACUGACCUCAGUAAAUUGCAGAUAAUCCAUAAAGCGUCUUCUCCGCCGCCAUGGUACAAUUACUAUUUGUGUGGUGUUAAAGGAAUUUUGGAAACAUUAACGGAUAACGAAAUACGUUAUGGCAUGACAGUUGCAAUUAGCGGUAACAUUCCUCCUGCAUCGGGAGUGUCUAGUUCCAGUGCAUUGGUUAGCAGUGCAGUACUGGCUACAGGAUAUGUUCAUCACGCUACACUUAAUCGUAAGACCUUGGCGUCCAUAUCGGCAGCAUGUGAACGUUACAUUGGUACACAAGGUGGUGGCAUGGAUCAGGCCAUUGCAUAUUUGGCCAAAGAGGGAUGUGCUCAAUUUAUUGAAUUUUAUCCCAGUUUGAAUGCUACUCCUCUGCGCUUGCCAGAAGGAGCUUGUUUCGUAGUUGCCAACAGUUUGGCGGAAAUGAAUAAGGCCGCCACCUCCGACUUUAACGAGCGCGUUGUUGAAUGUCGGUUGGGGUGUCGUUUGAUUGCCCUCAACAAAAAUUUUAACAAUUGGAAGGAUAUGCAGGUUUUUGCUAAGCUGCAGGCAGCUUUGGCAUGCGAUUUAGCUCAACUGGAAAGAUAUGCACUGGAGUUUGUUUCCCAGGAUAUUUAUAAACGUUCGGAAUUAUGCGAAGUAUUUGGUGUAACGAAUGAAGAAUUUGAAAGAGAUUUUCUAACGGAAAAUACGCGCAACAUGCAGCAGUUUAAAUUGAAACAACGAACUUUACACGUCAUCCAAGAGUCUCUUAGAGUCCUGGAAUUUCAUGAAAUAUGUGAAAAAUAUUCCUCAAAUUCUCUUCAUUCCAAUGGAAUGCAUGUUAAUGGCAAUGGGGAUAUGUCCUUUGAGUCUACAGUUAGUAGGCUGUCACAGCUAAUGCGACAAUCCCAUGAAAGUCUAAAAACUUUAUAUGAAUGUUCCCAUCCCAAUUUGGAUAAAUUAGUUGAAAUAUCCCAUCAAUUGGGCAUAGGUGCAAGACUAACAGGAGCAGGAUGGGGAGGCUGUAUUGUGGCCUUAUGUGACUCUGUCGAAUCAUCGAACAGCUACAUUGAGGCACUCAAAGAUAAAUACUACUCAAAGCUGUCUACAGAAAAAUUGCAAUUCGAUAAUUUUGAUAACGUUGUAUUCGCCACCUGUCCCCGAAAUGGUGCGGAGUUAUUGACGCUUCAGUCAAAUGAUGAAUAAUAUUGUGCCAUAUUGUCAUAUUUAUAUUUUACAAAUAAAAUGAUUUUAUACAAAAACGUAAAAAAACAAUUAAAAAGU